CGUGGCCUGCAGUUUAUUUCUUUUGUGUAAUAUAUUAUUCAAAUUAGUGAUUUUAGAAAUGAAUAAAACAAGGAAGUAUAAAAAACCGCUGACUUUGAACGAUAUUAUAGUAGAAUUGGAGCAAAACGAUGAGGAGGAAGUUCCUGAUUCCAUCAUCAUCAUGCCACCUGAAAAUUGCAAUGCUGAAGUUACUGACGAAGAUUCUGGCGAUGAAGACGUAGUUUUACUUCAAAAUCUUCCCGGGUGGCAACUCCGAGCACCUGCUGAAAUUCAGCGUGAGGACUCCUCCGAUUAUAGUGAUAAUGACGAUUUGCCUUUAUCAGAACAUCGGGCUGUACAGAACUAG